AAAUAAAAACAAUAAUAUUUACACACAAAAUAUGACAUUUAUAAUAAACAAAUAUAAACAACUACUAUUUACAUAAAAACAGUUGAAUUAUUAUUUUGUUUAUUGACCAAUUUAAUCAACAAAAAUAUGGAGAUUACGAAAAAGAUAAAACUUGAAGAGCUAGAUGACGAUAAAGGACAAAUUUUAUUACAAGCUUGUCAAGAAGGUUCAAACGAGUUGAAAUAUCAUGAGCAUAAUAAUGUAACAAUUAAAAAUGAAAUAAUGCAAAGUAUGAGAGAUGAUAACCUGGCUCAAAUAUUUAUGUACAUAUCACCAUUUGAAAGACCAGAACUAGCUCUAGUAUGUAAAAAAUGGCAAAAGGCACUUGCUAGUUCAUGGUCAAAUGUUCGAGUGUUAAAUUAUUUAUCAGAAAAUGAUUUUGACUAUCAUCUUAUGGAUCCAAAUCGAAUUAGAUUAUUGCUCAAACUAUGUGGUCGUUAUUUGAAAGAAUUAAAUAUAAAUAUUUAUAUUGAUUCUAAAAUGAUAUUAUUGAUUCAAAAAUAUUGUAUCAAUGUUGAAAAAAUUAAUUUGGGUUUUAAUGAUCGUAGAGAUAUUAAUUUUGAUAAUGUAUUUUCACAAAUGCACAAUAUGAAAACAUUGAGACUUGAGUUAUUUUUAACAAGAAGUUUACCAGAAAGUUUGAUAAAUUCUAUAAAAGAUAUUGCUGGUACAUUGACUGAGCUUACUCUUGAUAAUAUAUACUGUCGAAGUUUGGUGUUACCUGAAUUAUUAACUUCAGUACUUUGUCAGCUUGGUGUAUUAAAAGUACUUAAUUUAAAUGAGUGUGAAUUGAAUGAUCAAUUGAUCCAAUCAGUGGGUAACAUUCCGAGUCUAAUUAAAUUUAGUUGCUCAAAUAAAUUUGGCAAUCGUCAAGUUAAUAUGCAGCCAAUAAUAAAUUUAGAAAAACUAGAAAGCUUGAGUAUCAAGAUCAACUGUCAAAUUGAUGAUGAGUUUAUAAAAAAUCUAGCUGAUAAAUCAAAUAAUUUAAGGGAAUUGAGAAUUCUCAAACCAAGUUUAACAGAUGUUAGUGUAAAUUCUCUUUCAAAGCUAAAACAGCUGGAAAUUAUUGAUCUAGAUUUUUUAAAACCAAAUAAUUUCAUUACAAAUUAUUCAGUUAAAUGUUUGAGUAAUUUAAAAUUUUUAAAACUCAGUAGAUGUAUACACGUUACAGAUUAUGCAUUUACAAAAGUUUUACAAAAUUCACCAGAGCUGGAGUAUUUAAAUGUUGCUCAUACAAAUGUUACUCGUGAUAUUGUUAAACAAGCUGCACAAUUGACUCAAAAUCGUGAGAAUAAUAUAACUUUAAAUUUGAUUGUUGCACUUGAAAAUACAAAUGGUGUGUUGGAUACACCAGAAUACAAAUCGAAAUAUUUAAAAGUUGAAAAUAAAUUAGAUGAUCGAACAAUUUAUCUGGAACAUGUGCAAUAAAUAAAAAUUUAUAAUGAAUAAAUAAUUAAUAAAUAAACACUUUAAUAGAAUUUUAAUUUAAUUUGUAAUUAUUUAUAGUAGUUUUUUUAAAUAUAAUCGAAAUAACUGCAAAAGUUAAAAAUUAUAAA